UUACUUGGUCGUUAUAACGAUUAACGAAUUGCAAACAGCUGACGGCGAGAAGAAAAACAAGGAUUUUUGUGACAAAUUUUCGGGGAAGUUUUUGUGUGUAAAAAGGGGCGCACAGGACCACCAUGGUUGUCACCCAUAAAAUAGAUCUACCCACGGAAGAGGAGCUCACUGUCCAGGAGGUCAAUCUCUCGGGACCUGCCCUCAAAGCUGGAGCUUUUCAUCUUGGAAAAUAUUGUGAAUUUCAGAAUAAUGAAUUCAUGUUAUGCUGCGAGGAACUACAGGAUCCACGAAAGUGCAUAAAGGAAGGGAAAGCCGUAACAAACUGUGCUCUGGAGUUCUUCCGGAAGGUUAAGAAGUCCUGUCAUGAAGAAUUCACGCAGUAUGCCAAUUGCCUGGACAAAAGUAGCCAAGAUUGCGCCAUGAAACCAUGCCGCAAGACUCAGGGCGUUUUUGAUAAAUGUAUGCUGGACAACAUGCAAAUUGAGCGACCACACUAUGGAUACUUCUGUCGUGCCCGAAUUCACGAUAGCGAACGUCCAGCACCACCGAAGAAAGAGAAGGUUGUCUACCCUGAUGCCACACCAGGGCUUCCUGACGACUACCCCAGGACUCCAGCAAAAUAUGGCUCUCGCUUUAUCUUCUUGGAGUAAUAUAUAGGAGCCAAGAGCUUGGCCAGAAGAUGAUUUUGAAGGAAUCAUGUUAAUAAAAAAAAAACUAAUAAAAUCUUCGUAGUAGAAGCGAAUUGAAUAAAUUAAAUGAUAAAUCCUCAA